CCUAAACGUACGAAAAUUUAAAUCGCAAUCAGUUCGUUUGAUCAUAAAAUAAUAUCGUCUCAGGAAAAUCGGAAUUCCAAGCAGAUUUGACAGAUUUGAUGAAUCCAACCUAUUAAGUAUCGUUCUCGGAAAACUUCCCAUGUUCAAAACUCGUGAAACAUCAACCAAUUACAUGGUUACGGUCACCUUAGCCUCAUCCGACAUUGAUCUGCUAACGCCACUUGAUUCUUUGGGAAAAAUAAAGGAUUAUUUUCCAACCUUCAUCGGUCGUUGUCUCGUCGCCGGGAUCGUUGCUGUUGCUGAAUAUUGAUCGCUUUCAAUCGGCAGGUCGGUUCAAAAGGAGAAAAAGAAUCCCGAAUGAAAACGAAUAAAGCCGGGUAGGAAACCGAUACAGGUUAUUUGCCUUGGGGUCGAUCGCGCGGUAGCGGUCAAUAUUUCCCAAUUCCAUCAUAUGUAUCGUACUCCUACGCUUUAUAAGCGCCGUGCGUGUAAAGAAUCCCAACGAAAAACACAGGUACUUGAAUCACAACGGCGAAAGAGGGACAAAGGCCAAAGUUUGAUGGGCGGGGUCUAAAUCAGCGCGCGUAAGAGAGGGCUCUCUUUGCUCGAAACGAUUCGAGCACAUGCUGCCGCAGACCCUAAAGAGUUGUGUUAAGGAUGAAACACGCUGCCAGUGAUAAGCGGAGGAGACCGUUUUGUUUCACUUCGCACUAACUGGUUAUCUCGUUUUGUCUUUCGCACCAGACGAUGGGCUCCGGAAUGCGAGAUCGAUGCAGGUCCAGCAAUGUUUUGGUGCUCUCUCCUUCGUUCUUCCCUUGCGAUGUUCGGGUUUCGUUCGGCAUCAGAGAAUCACCUGUUCAAACUGUGCAGCAUCAGAUUCGAUCGAAUCGAUCUUCUCGAUGUUGGGAUGUAGGCUCUGGAGAAUCUCUUGGGAAGCUUAAGACCACUGACCAGUUCAGUUGAUUACGAAACUUCAUCGCAAUUAGACGCGUUUUUGGGAGCUGCGAUCGUCUUUUAUCUCUUGGUUAGUUCGGUUCGAAGUUCGAUCGCGAUCAGAUUAUUGUAUAUUUUGAGUUGAAAGAUAAGAUCAAGUGUAUGUUGUAUUACUCAAAAGGAAGUGAAGAACAAGUUUCGUUCGAGGAUUGAACUUUAAUGACGGUUAAUUGCGCGGUGAUUUGAAGGAGCGGAAAAAGUAGCGCAAACGGUCUUUCGAAGUGUGCGACAGUUCGAUCAGGCGUUGAUCGUGCGAAAAAGUGAAGAAUUUGAUAAUUGGAUAAGUGAUUUUCAAGGCCUUGGAAAUGAGUUCUGCGUACAUGCAGUAUCCUUCGAUGAUGUACGGUGGAGGACUUGAAUCGACAUAUAAUCAUUACGGAAUUACAACCAGUUCUCAGUGCUACGGCUACGCUACAGAUGGAACUUCAUCAGAAGGCUAUCACAGUCCAGGGCCAGUGCCUAGUCCGGAGUCAUACUAUCCAUCCCCUGGAGAAUGCAGCCCUCAGAAUUUCAAUUAUGGAUACACCGGAUCAGCUGCAUACACGGAACCGUACUACAACUACACGAACGAUGACUUCAAAACUGCUUGUCCAACUAUUCCAAAAUUGAUACCAUCGAGUAGUGUGACAUCCAGUUCGAGCUUCUCAAAAUACUCACCACAUAGUUCCAGCAAACAGACUAGCCUGAAUAGAAUUUACACCCCAUAUUCGAUACCCUCCAAAGUCAACCGAAGCUUGAAUCUGGGCAGCCUACCGUCCAGUUCACCAACCCCAAGUACGCUUAGCAGCACCAGCAGCAGUUGCGAAUCGGCCAGUCUAAGCACGAUAGCCCCGGGAGGUCUUCUGCAGCCGGAGAUUACGAAGAAACGUCGUUUGGCAGCUAAUGCACGCGAGCGGAGGCGGAUGAACAGCCUGAACGAUGCCUUCGAUCGCCUCAGGGAUGUUGUGCCUUCGCUGGGCAACGAUCGGAAGCUAUCCAAGUACGAAACCCUCCAAAUGGCCCAGACGUAUAUUGCAGCGUUGAAUGAGCUACUGUCGAGAAAUUAAGGUUUAUGCUGUGAUGGGUAUUUGCAUUUGCCAAACCAAAACCAAGUCGUUUCUGAUAAUUUUGUAUAAGAUCGUUAGGUGAAUAAAUGAGUUAACGAUUUGUUGUUGUAGGAGAUUCGAGUGAUAUAAUGCUUUAUUGAUUUUUUUUGCUCAAUAUCGAUCAACUCUCAAUUUAUGCUGUAAUUUGUAGAUCGUAUUGUAUUUAGACGUGAGUGUUUUAUACGUACAUAAUCCGUUUGCUAGCACACCAAUUAUUAAUUUUAAUAUACUCGACUAAGGUCAAUCAGUAACUGCAGCCAACCUUUAAGAUUGUAAAUAAAUUCCAAAUUAAAAGUUCCUCGAUAAUGUUUCCUUAGCUUCGCGUUGAUAUACGAAGGAGACAAACAGAUAAUCAUUAAGUAUUGAAACAAAAAGACAACACAGUAUCCUAAAGUGUUUGUAGAGUUGUAAAUAGUAGGUACUUUAAGCCAAACCUCGACGGCAACGGUCCGUUUACGUUCGUUGGUCCAGACGGUGGCAGCAGUCGGAGUUGAGGCUCGAUUAUUGGUCCAAUUAUCGAAUUACCAGCGCUGAUCUAUCGUGAAGGUAGUUCAUGUCGCUGCACACUGACCAAAGACUGAGACCAAGGCUGAGACGACUGUUGAUGGUUGAGUGCUUUGGGCGCGCGCUGCACAUGUGGACUGAUUCGAUUAGGUAUUUAAAUUAUGAAAGCACAGAAACAUGUGAAAAGUGGGGAGAAAAUUGUUUAAUAAACACAUUUAGAGAAUAUUCGUGGCACAAGUAGGUCGAAGUGCAAAUCAGGAACCAAGAGAAGAAAGACUUGUGUAUGAACGUUAGUUUUUAUUGCCUGGAGGCAGAGAUUUGGUGAGCAGGUUUCUAAUCGUUUUUCGAUUUCGACCUCUGGAGAGGAUCCUUCUUACUGUGUAGUUGCGUGAGCAUAAUUCUGUGUAAAUAAACGAACCACCAAUAAUUGUGCAAUUGAGUAGAAAAAUAGAUAAGUAGGCGAUAGAAUUUAGAUUUGAAAUAAAUCCAAAAUGAAAUAAAUGCAUAACAAA